GGUAUUUGAAGAGGGGACGCGACCUAAGGGUAGCGUUAGGACGUUUUAAGCACAAAGCGCAGGAGCCAACAAAUGACAAAAAAAAUGGUAAAAAUAGUUCAAAGUCUCAUUUACUAUACUUUAUUUACUAUUACAGGAAUUUAAUAUAGUUGUUUUUAUUGAGAGUUUCAAUAUUCAAAGAAACUCUUGUUCCGAGGGCCUACAGAGGUAAAAUACGAUACAUUAGUAACAGUUCAUUGCGCUAGAAAAGAAACAAAGACAAUAAUAGUAAUUCAAACGAACAUACAUAGAGAACAAACAGACCGGCUCUUCUUGCGUAAGCCGUUUUGUAAACAAAUGGCUCAAACUCAUAUGUCAUACAUGAAAGUGUAAACAAACUUUCAAUAUAAAUACCCUUAACAAAGUCUUCUUUCAGCUCCAUAGUUAAUACCUUUCUCCGGGCAACAAAGCUGAAGCAGAACUCGUUUUAAGAUGGUUUCGAAAUUCUUUACAAGGACUACUGAUAAGAUUGGAAAAGAGCAAACACAGCUUCCAGAAGAGUUCCUCAAACUUGAAGAAGAGAUCUACCUGCGGCAUGAGGGACUUAGUCGGCUUUACCAAGCAGGAAAUUGCUGGGCAGAAGCACUGAACCGAAAAGUAGAUGGAGACAACAAGAACAAAUGCCUUCCCAUUGAAAAUUUGGGACAAGUGAUGACCAAUCACGGUGGUGAACUUCCUCAGGAUUCCGAAUAUGCUGCUGCACUUUUCCAGUUCGGACAAGCCUUGCAGAAAAUUGGCCAACAUCAGAACUUCUUUGCAAAUAGGUUGUCAACUUGCUACCUAGAUGUUAUUGAAAGAUAUCUGGUCCAAAUGAAGGACUUUCACACUGCACGCAAAAAGCUAGAAAAUCGCAGAACCACUUAUGAUUCAUUGUUACACAAAUCCAUGAAAGCCAAGAAAGAAGACCCGAGAUUGGAAGAGGACUUGCGAUUUGCUUCUUACAAAUUCCAAGAGUCCUCCGAAGAUGUGCACAAGAGAAUGAAAGCACUCAAAUCUGCCGAUUCUUCACAAUACGAUGACUUAUUGCUUCUUCUCCAACACCAAAUUGACUACUUUCAGGAAAGCCUUAAAGUCCUCCAGCAGUUGCACCAGCUCGUCACGCAAUCGAACAAGGAAGAAGAUAUUACUAUCGAGGAGGUACAAGACGAUAAACUCUACUCCGAUCCCAUUCGAAUGGGCACCGUACUGAAAGAUGUGAAGCCAGCAGAGGCACUUGUCGCAUUGGUAGUACAGAAUGAAGAGGCCCCAAAACAAACUAUAGUACGUGCAAAGUACACCUUUUUGAGGAGAACCGAUGAAGAAUUACAGCUUGAAACUGGUGAACUAGCACGAGUUACCAAAGAAAUUAACAAGGACUGGUUGUACGGAGAGAAAAUCAACAACCUUUUACUUCCUACCGGUCAAGUCGGAAUGUUCCCCGCUAACUACUGCGAAGUUGUUUCAGCGGGAUUCAGCAAUUUCGUCAACACUCCUUGUAGACAGAAGACCGUUAGAAGAAUCAUGAGUGACACACAGCAAACAUUCGAUCGCCAGAAUGCACAUAUCAGCCCAAUUGCUUCUCCCUAUUCGGCUUCUUCAGUUGCGACUUUCACUUCUCCGAAAUCAUCAUCUUCUGGAAGACCAAAUGCGUUGAAGGUUAAGAAGCCUCUCCCCCAGCUACCAAAGAGAGUUUCCGACCUCGCUAAUUAGCGCCUUUGCAAAGGCGUUUUCAACAACAGCAGAGGAACAGUCUCAUGCUUUUAUAAUUAUUUCAUGUGUCUAGCACUUGCUUAAUAGCCAUUAAUCAUUCAUAUUACAUAACGUG